GGAAAGUGCAUCAGUUACCUAACUCUGCUUUGUAUUUAAGGUAUAGUUUUAAAGAUGCAUCUUCAAUACACCCUCAUCUUUAUUUUCAUCAACCUCUACUGUUUUACAUGCUCACCAUAUUACAUAAACAGUCUUUCAAAACGUGAAACACCAAAAAAAUACUGUGGCAGCAGACUAACAUCUGCGAUGAAUUUGGUAUGUCGAGGAAGGUAUUACGGGCCGAAUAACAAAAGAAGUACACAUAACGAUCUAAAGAACAUGAAGAGUGACUUUUUGGACACCAUCGACUCAGAUUACAGCAACACCGAUGUAAUUUAUCCUUACGUUUCAACCGAUCCAGUAUUCUCUCUUCUUCUUCCCAAAAAAAUUCAAAAAUCAUUUGGAAUUGUCAAUGAAUGCUGCUAUAAUCCUUGUACAACGGAUACCAUGAGUCAAUAUUGUGCACUCAACUAGAUCAAAGGAACUUUUCUGUACAAAUUGUUUACGAAAACAUUUUUUAUAUUGAAUUAAUUUGUAAUAAAUUGCAUCAACCAAU